AUGGUACAGCAAACGAAAUCAUGGCUUUUAGUAGUCGGUCCUGUCCUCUUGCCAGGUUCUCGUUUCGGUUGUCUCGACGGUCAUUUAUAUCAUCAUAAGGUCUUAGUAUUGAAGGUGCUUGGAAAAAAGUCUUGUGGUCAAACUUCGUCAAACAUGGAAGCUUCACGAACUCCACCUCCUGGCUACGCCGGCUCUUUAGUGCCGACUAACGAUCACGAGGGACUUGAAGUUCGCGAACCUGGUGGAAAGGAGCCUCUUUAUUACCAGAGAGCACAUCGCCUUCAGCCAGACGAACAGAGACUCUUCUGUGACAUCAUCAUAACAGGCGAGCAUGGGGAGAAUUCAAUCUUGUCGGCAGCGUUCGCCCAUGUGACGGCUUCAUCAGUCUCUCUAAGGACUAUAUAUGUUGUCAAGGUUGAUGGUGAUCGAGGAAAGUGGCUCUAUCAGGGGUACCUUAUCGGAAAUGCUUAUUAG